UCAGGUUCCACAUUGUGCGGGUCCUGUGUGUGUGUGUGUAUGUGUGUGGUUUGUCUGUGUGUGUGAGAGAGCGUGUGUGUGAGAGUUUGGAGUGUGCUUGUAAACGUUCCCCCAGCAAGCUCGGAUACUGUCACCGCUUUGCACCGCAGGCAGGGCUCCGUGCUUCCUACAUAUGCAAGUUACCGUCGCGGCUCCACAAUCGUUGGCCAGCAAUGACCGAGAGCCCCGCGACCAAGCCAGCCAACGGGGAAGCGUGUCAGCGCGUGAAGAACGGACUGAAGCCGGAGAGGAACGGCUGGGCGAAGAGCCUCCACCGCUGCCAUGAGCCGCAGCCCGAGCACCACGGCCAGCCCGAGGAGGAGGAGGUUCUUGCAGCAUCAUACCCUGCCAGCCUGUACAGUCAGCCCUUUCUCGAGUCUUUCGAGGAAACGCCCAUGCUGGUAGCUGUUCUCACCUACAUGGGCUACGGCAUACUCACCAUCUUCGGGUACCUCCGAGACUUUCUCCGCCACUGGAAGAUCGAACGGUGCCACAUAGCCAGGGAAAAGGAGGAACAAAGGGACUUUGUGCCCCUUUACCAAGAUUUUGAGAACUUUUACACCAGAAACCUUUACAUGCGGAUCAGAGACAACUGGAACAGGCCCAUAUGCAGCGUCCCGGGAGCCAAAAUGGACCUGAUGGACCGAGCCUCCCGUGACUACAAUUGGACUUUUGAGUAUACAGGGCGGGUGGUGCAGGAUGUGAUUAACUUGGGCUCAUAUAAUUACCUCGGCUUCGCUGAGAAUACAGGUCCGUGUGCUGACGCUGCAGCCGAGGUCACCAUGAAGUACGGCGUCGGAGUUGCGAGCACCAGGCAGGAGACUGGUAACCUGGACAGGCAUGAGGAAAUGGAGAAACUGGUGGCUAAGUUCCUGGGUGUGGAGUCAGCCAUGGCCUUUGGGAUGGGAUUCGCAACUAACUCCAUGAACAUACCAGCACUGGCCGGCAAGGGCUGUCUGAUUCUGAGUGAUGAACUGAACCAUGCCUCGCUGGUGCUGGGAGCCAGACUCUCCGGUUCCACCAUCAGAGUCUUCAAACACAACAAUAUGCAGAGCCUGGAGAAACUGCUGAGAGAAGCCAUAGUUCACGGGCAGCCCAGAACUCACAGACCAUGGAAGAAGAUCCUCAUAGUGGUUGAAGGCAUUUACAGUAUGGAGGGUAGUGUAGUGCGUUUGCCAGAGGUGAUUGCCCUGAAGAAGCGCUACCGAGCCUACCUUUACCUAGACGAGGCCCACAGCAUAGGGGCCCUGGGGCCGAGGGGAAGAGGCGUGGUUGAUUACUUUGGCCUUGACCCCUGUGAUGUGGAUGUCAUGAUGGGCACCUUUACCAAGAGUUUUGGCGCUGCAGGGGGAUACAUAGCAGGGAAAAAGGACCUCAUAGAGUACCUGCGCUCCCAUUCCCACAGUGCGGUCUAUGCCACCUCCAUGUCUCCUCCUGUGGUGGAGCAAAUCAUCACUUCUAUGAAGUGCAUUAUGGGAGAGGAUGGCACAACGUUAGGCUGUGAACGUGUGAGACAGCUGGCAGAGAACACAGUCUACUUCCGCAAGAGGCUUCGAGAAAUGGGUUUCAUCAUCUACGGCAACAACGACUCUCCUGUAGUUCCCAUGAUGCUCUACAUGCCAGCAAAGAUAGGAGCGUUUGGCAGGGAGAUGCUGAAGAGGAACAUCGGGGUGGUGGUCGUCGGUUUCCCCGCUACGCCCAUCAUCGAGUCCCGGGCACGCUUCUGCAUUUCAGCCGCACACUCAAAAGACAUGCUCGACCGGGCGCUGAGUGUCAUCGGUGAGGUAGGAGACCUUCUUCAGCUCAAGUACUCCCGACACAGAAUACAGCCGUCUUCGGCUCGGCCAUUUGACGAUAAUGUGUAUGAGGACAUUGACGACUGAUGAACCACUCCUCUUCUAAAGUGGUGUGAACCAGAACAACCCCAGAAAAUACAGAACGGGUCAAGAUGGAUCACAAGUCUUCCACAAGGACCGUGAUGUGCACAGGUGCCCCUUGUCACUAGCUUGCCAUAAUGUAAAUCCCCCCUCCCCUCAACAAAAAGGAAAACACUUACAACCAUCAUCUAGUUCUACUUUGCCUUACCUAAACAUGCAGAACAUGUGGUGAACACACUGAAAAACAACACCUCUGCUUUUUCCGUGUGUGUUUUUUGUUUUUUAUUACUUUUUUUUUUAUCAUUAUGUGUCUUAAGAAUGUUAUUGUUUGGUAGUAUGUGUGUAUGUUGUAUGUUCUUAUUGCUUGUAGCGUUGGUCACGUUAUGUGAAGUCGACAACUUUCCAAAUGUUUCUAAAAUUGUGAGCUGCUGGGAUUUUUUUCACCAUAUGGAUAAAGUGAACUUUACUGAGGUAAAAUUAACAUUUAAUCAUCAUCAAAAGAAUAAGACUUGUUCCAUCUUUUAUCCAGAACAGUUCAGAUUAGGUAUUAAUGCCAUAGACCGAAAGCAAAAAGCACUGGAUGUUGUAUUGUUUGCACAGGACCGUUUAAGUCCCCAGAUUUUAAUUAAUUAAUUUAAAAAAAAGUUAUUUAUCCCUGUCAUAGUCAUGUCCAUUAACAAGACAUCAUACAGAGUGACGUUGAUGGCGGCGGUGUGCUCUCUCCUAGGUGCCUUCUGGUUUUCUCAAAGGAGGAUUUAUAUGGUGAAACCAGUAGAAGUUUUCUCCAUCCUGUUUUAAGGGGACAGGACUAGACAAAAAAAGUUCUGAUGACAUAAUUUAGAAAUGAUAGUGCUUGUUUAACAAGGCUUGAUCAGAUGACUUUGAACCAAUCGAUAUUUGGCACAUUACAUUGUUGUCAUUCCAUCCUUGGCUUUCCUUGGCAGGCUGAAAAUGUGGAGCCUUUAGGUUGAUUUGAUGAACAGUGGUGUUUAUAUAAUACUAAAAAAGGUUGCCAAAUAUUAGAAGAUAAUUACUCAGUGACUUGUUUUAAAGUUUGACGUUUUGAGAAACGUGCUUAUAUGCUCACUUGCUGAGAGUUACAUGACAAAAAAAUGAUUAUUUAUGUCCUUAUGCUGAAUAUGAGGCUGUAGCUUCAAAUUUAGCAGCUAAAUAUGAGGUUAUAGCUUCAUAAUUAGCAGGCAAUUAGCUUAGCCUAGCCCAUAGAUAAAAAGUUACAACCUGUAGCUCUAUGUAGCGCAAAAAAAUAUUGUUUUGUAUGGAAUAAACAAACAAGAUUAAACACGUUAAUUAGUGAGCUGUAAAGGUGCUGAUAGGUAAAUGUUUUAAACUUUAACCGAGCUAGGCUAGCUGU